UUGGAGGAAAAAAGCUUUUACCCUUUUAAAGAACUCAUCUUAUAAAACACCGCUUUCUCUAUAGGCCCAUAAACAACGCUCGUUUUCGGGGUUUGUUUGCUUGAUGCAGAUCUCGACGAGGUGCCAGCUCCCUUUAUCUUUUUUUUUUGUUGCUUUCACUUUCAGUGCUGCGGAUUAUAUUUUUUUAAGGGAGCGCGAUUUUCUAGUUGACACGCUCACGUUGAGGGCUCACAUCCCUCUGCUUCUGGAAGUCUUUACUGAUUCCAACAUCGUAAAGGUCUUCCACGGAGCCGAUAUGGACAUUGUAUGGCUCCAGCGAGACUUCGGUCUUUACGUGGUGAACAUGUUCGACACCGGGCAGGCCGCCCGCGUUUUAGGAUAUCCCCGCUAUUCUCUGGCGUAUCUUCUCAAGCAUUUCUGCCAGGUCGAUGCAGAUAAGCAAUACCAGUUAGCUGAUUGGCGGGUCAGGCCACUUCCAGAAGACAUGAGGCGGUACGCCCGGGAGGACACCCACUAUCUGCUUUACAUCUACGACUGUUUCAAAAAUGAACUGCUUUUGAGGUCGAAUGAGUCCGGCAACCUCCUCCGGGCUGUGUGGGAAAGAAGCACAUCCAUAUGCUUGAAGAAGUACGAGAAGAGUGUGUGGCACGAGAAGAAGUAUCAGGACUUGUAUUUGAAGUACAAUCGGCGCUAUACAAAGCAGCAAAUGAGCGUUUUUAAGGCCCUUUACGAUUGGAGAGAUCAAGUUUCACGGGAAGAGGAUGAAAGCCCGAGCUAUAUCCUCCAAAACCACCUGCUCUUCCAAAUAGCCGAGCAUCUCCCUGACGAUAAGGCGAGUCUCCUACGGCUCUGUAGCCCCGUUCCUCUUCAUGUUAAGACCCACGUCAACCAGCUGAUUACUAUUAUAUCCCGAGCCAGAAAGCAUAUUAAUGAAGAACAAUUGCGUCUGGUGUCGGAAGAGCCGUUACCCGCCGUUGGGCAUUCUGCUAACAAGAGAGAUCAAUUUCUGCCCGGGAUGGAUCUCACAGACUCAUUAAGCCCCUUUGGUGGGCGACUGGGGAGAUGCCAACCAGUCUUUGAAAGUGGAGGAGAGGGCUCCAGGGUACUAGCUCUUUUCCAUCCUCUCCCCGAGAAGGCGCCAUUCAAAGGUUCUGUCCUUGUUGAUAUACUGAAGGGUUUCCAAGACCCAUACGUUGCUUAUUCUGCUGCCCUGGUGGACCGCUUGAGAUACGAAGGAAAAGAUGCAAACAUUAAAAAAAAUAACGACAGUGAAGUCGCUACUUUGAUGGCAAACAAUGGAGUUAAGGAAAGGCAGAUGCAAGCAAAACUUGAGGGGGAUAAUUUAGAAACGAAUAUCAUGUUAGCGGAGCAGGGAAACUAUUUUACAAAAAAGAAGCAGAAGAGGCGAGCUCCUAGCGUAGAGCCAUUUGAUUAUGCAAGGGCUGUGAGAAUUAAAGGAAAUGCUCUAUGUAAAGUCGAUUCGGGCGCGUGUAAUAAGAGAAAACCAUUAAUUAAGGCGAACUCAGUGAAGAUGCUUAAGCAUUUUCGUAAGACAUCAAGCAAAGUUAUCGAUGUUAACGUCAGAGGGGACAAGAGGCAAAAAACUGGUGGCCAUGAGACAUGGCCCUCCCAAUCGAAGCCUCAAUAAAGCGUACUUUAUUGCAGGAGGGAAUGAUAAUUCCCAAACUUUCUAGCACAACUACUUUCUGAAAACAAUAGUUUGGUCCUUCGAGCCGCUAGCAAUGAUGCCGUCAUCCGAACAAACUACGCAUAGCACAUCA